CUCGUCCGAUCACCGAAGUUAAGGGAUCGUCUCAGUGUGAAAUUUUCGAAAAAUCGAUUUUUUUUUUAUUGCAUUAUCGGAUAGUAUACACUGCAAUAAACACUCUCUCAAAUUUUCAAAUCGAAAUUCAAAGUAUUACGGUCGCUACAGCGUUUCUGGUAGAAAGGGAACGGAGUAGGGAACGGAGCGAGACAUCUGCCUCGUUCGCCGCUCCGCUCGACCGUUAUUCCUUUUGUUUAUUUUUCUACCUGCGUGUGUAUCCUUCUGAGGUACCUACGUUCUAUAACUUUCGAAAAUAAACUUGCCAAGCAUUUCAGUUCGUUUUCGACAUCGACCACGAAUAGACAUAAGAGUGAAACCUCCACGAAAAAAAUCAAAAUGGAUAGAAAAGGCGCAAGAGACACGAAACCUCGACGUGAUAGGAAAAGACCCGCAAAAUUCAAGGGCACAAAUCGACAUUGUAUUGAGACGGAUAUAUCAUUUGCAAGUACUUCGGCGGCGAAAAUAGGGAGAAAGAGUCCGGAGUUUGAGGUAAAAAUCGAUCAAACAUUCAGCUAUGUUUUGAUCGAAUUUGCCUUGGUUUUCGGCGCUCUUCAACAACUCCUGAAAUGCAAAAAUUGUGAUAGUGAUGUGCGAUUCUAUAAAAAAUCGAUUCGAGGUUUAGGAUUCAAAAUUUGUGUUGAUUGUUUGUGUUCGGACCCGGCCGAGAUCAACUCUUGUCCGUUGAUAAACAAUGCGUACGAAAUCAACCGCCGUUUCUGUUUCGUCAUGCGAAUACUCGGCAUCGGCAUACAUGGCAUCAGAAAUUUUGUCGCAUUAAUGGAUCUAAGUUCAACUUUCAACAGCACAACGUAUUACGGAAUCAUGAAAAUGCUGCAUAUUGUUGUGAAAUCGGUAUACACGGCCGUUAUCCAAAAAGCAGGCUCCGAAGAAAAAAAAAAAAAUUUGGAAGCGGAAAAUCGAGCGGAUAUUCUCACGGUGUCUGGUGAUGGAUCCUGGUCGAAGCGCGGUUUUACUUCGCGCAUGGGUAUCGUGUCUGUGAUUGGAAAAUACACCAAUAAAGUCAUGGACGUUGCUGUUCGGUCAAGCUUUUGCAAAGCUUGUUCACUUUGGAAGGGAAGAGAAAACACGGUUGAAUACGAUGCAUGGUAUGCGACGCAUGAACCAGAGUGCAACGUAAAUCACGAAGGCAGCGCUGGAAAAAUGGAGGUUGAUGGUAUGCUCGAAAUUUUCCAAAGAUCUGAGGAAAUCCACAAUGCAAAAUACGGAUUUUAUAUUGGAGAUGGAGAUACAAAGACCUUCAAAAUGUUGUUAGAAGCCAAGCCUUAUGGCGACAAGCUCACGAUAAAAAAAAAAGAAUGCACGGGCGCAAAUACCCAAAAUAACAACGAGAGUUUUAAUCAUUGCGUGUGGCAACUCGCUCCCAAACACAUAUUCUGUGGGAAGCAAACCGUAGAAAUCACGACGUAUUGUGCAGCCUGUACAUUCAACGAAGGGUUCGAUCCACUUUUGAAAAUCAUGGAGACAAUGGGAUGUACCAUAGGGCCGAUAGCCGCAGACUUCGCUGCAAAAUAUAAAGCAGAGCGCAUCAAAACUGCAGAUCGCCGAAGCUCUCUGGACAGCAAAGAAGCCAGGACAGCCCGUCGAACUGAAAUUUCGGCCGAAAAUGAGGAGUUCGAGGAAGCAGAAGGAGUAUUGUAUGGACCUGGCAUCGCCGAUUGAUUAUUAAAAUUGCGGCCGUCACCGUGGAAACCGUGCAGCACCUUUUUUUUUCACGUGAAAUUUCAUUAAUUUAUAUAACAAUGAUGCACUCAAUAAAUAAACUUUAAAAAAAUCAUUUUGUUUUCUUCAUAAACGUAUUUAUUUGUAAAAAAA